AUGUCAAAAGUCACGCUCGCACUCGUUGCCGCUGGCGGCGCCGCGUUCGGAGCAGCAACCACUGCCGCGCUGUUUCCUCGCAAGACAGCAAGCCCGGCCAACACUCCCGCCGUCGCUUUCCCUUCUCCGGCCAACUCGACCUCGCCCAUUGUCAAGUCUGGCGUCCAGGAAGCUCUUGCUGCCGCCGCAAGACCCGUCGAUCCGAACGGACUUUAUCAAUACGGAUUCCCUGGUCCCGUGUCUGACCUGAGAGCUGCCGCUUCCUUGACCUCCGCGUACGAUCGUAGAACGAGAAACCCUGCCUGGGUCGUCGAGCACAUUACUCCUGCUUCGCUCAAGAACAGCAAUGCAGACCGCAAGCACUCUGUCUUUGUCGAGGACGACGCUAUUCCCGAGAAGUUCCGUGCUAAGCUGAAGGACUACUUCCGCAGCGGCUACGACAGAGGUCAUCAGGUCCCUGCUGCCGAUGCUAAGUGGUCGCAGCAGGCCAUGGACGAUACCUUUGCAUUGAGCAACAUGUGUCCUCAGGUCGGCGAAGGCUUCAACAGAGACUACUGGGCUCACUUUGAGGAUUUCUGCCGUCGUCUCACAGGACGCUACCCCUCGGUUCGCAUUGUGACUGGACCUUUGUAUCUUCCCAAGAAGGAAGCGGAUGGCAAGUGGAGAGUUAGCUACGAGGUCAUUGGCAAACCUCCCAAUGUCGCUGUUCCUACACACUUCUACAAGGUCAUCUUCGCAGAGGAUGGCAGAGUUGGCGGAAAUGUCAGCUUGGGUGCUUUCGUCUUGCCCAACGCUAGAAUCGCAAACGACAAGCCCCUGCAGGACUUUGAGGUUCCUCUUGAGGCUGUGGAAAGAGCAUCGGGCCUUGAGUUCGCAUCGCUUCUCCCUCCUGCCCAGAGAAAGUCUUUGUGCAAGGAGAUCAAGUGCUCCAUUAUUGUCAAGGAUUACUCGCAGAGACAGAAGACAUUGGCCAACCCUCCUCCCCCUCCAAAGGCGAAUUUAUAA